AUGGGCACCACCGUGAUAUUUAAUGUCACAUAUCCUACAAAGCUCUAUGUUGAUGAUGACAACGAUGGACAAACCAUUUAUGUCACUGUUCGAAACGAAGACCGUAUCAAAAAAUGGGUUAAAGGAGCAUCAGACGGCGUGCAAGUUGGAGGAGAAUGUCCGAUGUGCGAAAGCGUAUGGGUAGAUAAAGAGAAAAAUGUUUAUAUGACAUCAGUGAUGAGACAUUGUGUGUAUAAGUGGUCACCACUAACAAACGUUACAACGGUCGCCGCUGGUAGAGAAAUGGGUCAAGGAUCUGGAAGUGAUUCUCUCAAUUCUCCUGAAGGUAUUUAUGUCGAUAAUACCAGUGGUACCGUGUAUGUCGCUGAUUAUGCGAAUCAUCGCAUCCAGAAAUGGUUAAAAGAUGCUCUUAAUGGUACCACUGUGGCUGGAUUUAGCACGGGCAAUCAAGGCAGUGAUGCAGAAUCGUUGUCGUAUCCGACUGCUGUAUGGGUCGAUGAUGAAACUCAAGUUGUGUACGUGGCAGAUUCAGAUAAUAAUCGAAUUCAACGUUGGUUACCGAAUGCAUUCAUAGGUGAUACUGUUGCUGGUGGAGCAGCAUCUGUCACGGGAGAUUUUUGGAUAUUAGUCCAUGGUCCAGCUUUGGUCGGUCUUACAUCAAUUACAACACCAAUUGGUAAGUUAGUUAAGAUUUAGUAGAUUUCUAAUUUGCACAGUGCUUCAUCAGAAAAGCAAUUUUUCUUCGUAUGUGAAAUUACUCUAGGUCUCAUUAUUGUAACGAUGCUAGCUGUGAGAAGACAUUCAUUUGUAAAUAGAUUCGAGUCUCCACAUUUACAUCAGCACAAAUUCUCUGAUGUUUUUUUAAUUGAUACCAUACAAAUUUACGCACAAUAUGCGUUUCUGAUUGACAUGCGCAGUUUUUGAUUGGUUCUUUCUUCCAUCCUCAUAAUAUAUCGCCUUGCGACUAGCAGCACGUAGUUCGUUAAAACAUAUAGUUAGAUUGAUAGUGCUAAUCUUAUCCACCAUUUAUACUUCUUUUUGAAUUAUUUGAAAUAGCACUGGAAUCAUAGCAGUCCUUGCUUGCCUCACCAUAUUUGUUAGACUUUAUUUUUACUAUAUUUUCUAAAUAUUUACUUUUCAUUUGUUAAAGUUAAUGCAGUUUUGUUGACAACAAAAAUUAUGCUAUUUCUUUGUAAUAUCUGUUAAUGGUCUUUGAGUGAAUGCUUUCGAGAAUAAAAUAUACUUUUUUGAUAAUAGAAGCAUAAGCAAUUCUUACGAAUACUUAUAAGCUAAGUAUUUGGAUGUUUUCUAAUCAUUUUGAAACUUGAAUUCAUAGGAUGAUGAUAGUAGUAACAUUGUACAGGGUGUAAAAAAACCAUUACGCCCCCCCUUCCAGACCUAAAGACCAAAUAGUACCCCCAACAAUUUUAUACCAAAUGAAAGCCCGCAAAAAGUUACGUCUAGUGGUAUAGUCAGAACAAAUAUAAUUUGUAAUAUUAUAACGAUUCUAGGCUCAAUACAUCAUUUUCACUUAUAUAUCACAAUCUCGAGUACGUCAAAAGCCGUUGUGCUCAACAGUAACUUAAGUUGUGAAUCAUUAAUUAUUCAGUUUAUUGAUAAUAUUGAAUACUAAAAAAUGCUUUUUCGAAAGUUUCAGAACUUCGUAUGACCCCCAUCAGCAGCCUUGAGAGCAUCAAAUCUUUUUCGCAUCGAGCAUAACAAGUCAAUAAAAAGAUCUGUAUCAUUUUCAAGAUCUUUGAGCGUAUUCUCCAAAUUCGUUUUCAGUGCAUCGUAAUUGUAUCUGCUACGACGAUCUUCAUUUGCCAUUAGUUCCUCAACUUUAUCUUUAAUAAUUGCAUCAAUAUUUUCUGCAGGAUUCAUGUCAGGACUAUUGCCUGGCCAAAUUGAAUUUCCCCAGAAAUUCACAUUCUCAUCUUCUAAAAGAUGUUGUGUUGCAUUCGCUUUUAUACAAGGUGCCUUGUCAUGAAGAAAUAUCACUUCGUUCGUAUCGAGAACAUUGGACGAAUCACGAAGAAAUGGGAUCACCUGUUGUCGAAGGAUAGUGUCACGAAAAUAAGCGCCAUCCCAAGACUGUCCAUGUUCUUUUGGCACCCAAAGUAGUUUUUUUGCAGUAAACAUGACGAAAACCCCAAUACAUGUUGCAUUGUAAACCAUCUCUCGGUAUCUUUCAUCAUCACUGAUGUCUUCAAUACUUCUUGCCCAAAUUCGAUCAUUUUGAUGGUUUGGUUUUCUUACAACAUAAAUGUAAAAUUCAUUCGGAGGUGCAACAUGUAGAAAAUCUUCUUCAGUCCAAUCAGUAAGAAAAUUUGCUAGCCACUUGCGAUCUUCGAUAUGUGUAUUUGUCUUCAGUGGCUUGGCAAUCACAUGGAAAGCUUUUAAUCCUUGCCGAUGGCGUUCAUUGUAAAUAGUCAUGUGACUCACCCGCUGUUUUGUUUUCUCUAAAAUCUCUCUUGCAACUUUUCGACAGCUACUGCUUUUGACACCACUUGCAGAAGAGAUAAUGUUUCUGCUCUCCUGAUUAAGCACCUGGGGUCGACCACUGCCAAAUUGUGUAUAACAUUCUUCGAUAGAUUUAUUCCAAUUUCGUCGUACUCAAUCUUCACUGCGACGUAGCUUCUCGGAAAUCCAAGGGCGAGUAAUAAUUGAGUCUCCUGUUCUUGCAAUCAGUUCGUCACGUAUUUCACGAUAUGUGACACAUCGAAUUCUGUCAACGAAUCGUUGCUCUUCCGAAUCAUGAAGCAGAUUAGCCAUUUUGGUUUUUCAAUUAAUGUACCAUAGAAUUUUUUAUUAACUAAUCAGCAAAUUGUUCAACGUCUAACGUGAAUAAAAAUUACUUGCGCGGACAACAGAUACUCAGAAAGAAAAUCAAUGAAAAAAGUUGAAAAUAUUUCGACACUCGACCAUUUUCUUUUCUGUAUUCUCUUCUUAUCUGUUCGUGCAUAAAUGUGCACAUAACUUUCUUUUUUUCUGUUCCUUCUUCUCGUUAUCAGUCAUCAAUAGUAAGGCUUUUGAUAAUUCACACUAAACAUUACUCAACUCGCUCACGUGCUUUGUGAUACUCAAAUCUAACAUUAGAAAACGAAAAUUUGGCAAAAUACGUGACAUAUUGGUCUACGAUAUCGUACAUUUAAUAAAAACUUGGAGCCAUGAAAACUACGAUCUAUUAAUACGUAAUUCGAAAGUGAAGAAAGAUAACUUGUAUCAUUUCAAUUGAUAUGAGACUGUGAUACAUAAGUGAAAAUGAUGUAUUGAGCCUAGAAUCGUUAUAAUAUUACAAACUAUAUUUGUUCUGACUAUACCACUAGACGUAACUUUUUGCGGGCUUUCAUUUGGUAUAAAAUUGUUGGGGGUACUAUUUGGUCUUUAGGUCUGGAAGGGGGG